AUGGCUGCCUAUAGCAAACGCCACGGCCAGACAUAUAAUGCACCGCCCGUGACAGAGUCUGACGAUUGGCCGCGACAAACGGCAAGUACUGAAGACGGAAUAGCCGAGGAAAUAGUUGGUAUUAUUUGUAACUUGUACGAGGGAUGUGUUGAACUGUCUGAACUGACAGAGGCACUGGGAGUAACUAAGAGCCGUGAGUAUUUUGGAGAGGCCAGACCAGAAGUCUUUUUUUCUAGAUAUCAUCAUCUAUUUGAAGUUCAACGUCACGGCAGCGGACUGAAUAAUUGGCGAGUACGAGUGAAAAAUUGUAUUACGUUGUGUGAUGCCUACCAUAGAAAAGGCGGAUGUCCAAGUCCUCAAUCUUGCAACAAAUUACACAUCUGUAAACUUUUCAUAUUAGGAACAUGUAUAUAUGGCAGCCAAACAUCAAGCCACUCUCGUAGAUGUCGUUCAUCUCACUCUUUUCAAAGCGAUCCCCACAAUCAUAUAAUCUUGCGAAAGAAUAAAUUAUACGAGUUCAGCGAGGAAAGCUUGAAAAUUCUUCUCAAACGCAGCUGUCCGGAUUGUUUCCGUCCUGAUAUCUGUCGGUUCUACAACACCUCAACUGGAUGCAACAAAAACGCUUGUCUAAGUUUGCAUAUCUGUCGGUCGUACAUUACGGCGCAUUGCAGAUACGGGGAUAUGUGUACAUUUUCACACCGUAUAUACGAACCGCAACCUAAGAUGGUAUUGGAGAAAUAUGGAAUUGAUACCAGUCAGAAACCAAGUGAAAUUCUACAUAAGUUAAGAUUCAUGAUGACCGAAGGAACAUGCGUUAAACAAGGAGCAAUUUACAAAUCCCGUGAUAAACCAACAAGUCGUUCUCAUUCCGGCGGUUCUACUGCUGUAAAACAACCUUAUCGUCCGAAGAGAUCGCCUUCCCCGAGCCAUCGCCCCAAAUCACCCAUUCAUGCCAGUGUAACGCCACGUUCUGCAAGCCCACAACGUGAUACCGCUGUAUCCACCAAAGAACCCACAGAAAACAAUAAAACUACCAUAUGCCUGCACAACUUAUAUGGAAACUGUAACUAUGGCGAUCAGUGUGUGAAACAUCACAUUAUGAUGCCAUACAUGUGGCAGAAAUAUAAAUCUGCCGAUGUAUGGUUGAACUUCACAGAUGAAAGAAACAUGUCAACUGAAAAAAAGUUCUGUGACCCUAGAAUAGAGAAAUAUGAGAGAGUAUCAAAAGGGCAGAAAUCAAAGUUAUUUGAUUUCAAUAAAAUGGUAAUUAUUGAUUCACGCAUUGGUAAGGUCUGUCACAUUCGUCGACUGUCAACCGUAUCAUAUGUAGAAAUGUCGUCCAAUGAAAAACUGUCAACCCAAUGGCUGUGGUAUUGGGGCGAUGAAAACUGUGAAUGGCAUGAAUAUGGCAGUGAGAGAGGAAUCGAUGUUGUGUCAAGUGCAAUGAUUGAAAGUGUCUAUCAAGGUUUUCUGAAGAAAAGAUCAGAGAAAUAUUAUAAGUUGACAUGUGAUAAUCAAACAUCUCGCAUACAGUUUGAUGGAAUGUACGAGUACAGUGAGAAGACAGUGGCAUGUAAAUCUGUCAGAAGAAGACCAAAAUACAUAUCACAAGACACUGUUAACAAAAUUUUAAAACAGUCAGUUUUACAAUCAGUUACCAGUAGUGGCACAGUACUAAGCCUUGUAAAUCCACCAAUGG